UCACAGCUACCAAAGUUCGGUACAGCAACUAAAAACAAUUCUCAAACAUGUCUCGUUUCUUCCAAGUCUUGCUCGUCGCCUGUUUGGCUUACGCACUCUGCGCUGCGGAAGCUCCACGUUAUCGGGUUCGCAAUGGACGCAUGCAACUCUCCAAACAACGUAGCCGUUUCUUGGCGCGUCAGGAAGUCGCUGAGGAAACAGCAGUGACACCAUACCCCUCCGCUAAGGAACUGAUUCCAGAGAUUCCAUUUGAUGAAGCCGCCGCCGCUGCUGCACCUGAAGUUCCCGUUGAACCCGCAGCACCAGCUGCACCAGAAGGCGACAUUAAUGUCUCAGUGAAUGUUGAUCUCCCAGCGGAACAGGAACCAGCUCAAGAAGAAGCUGAUGAAUCCGCUCUCGCCGAUGAUGCUGCGGAUGAGCACGAACCAGAUCUCAUCUAUGGCCCACCAGAGGCGGAGGAUAUACCAGUUGUCAAUGAAAUCACCCCCGUUGAUGAAAUCGAAGCCACCAUCGCUGAGGAAGAGGAAGCGCAAGCAGCUGCUGAGGAAGCUAUCCAAUCUGAACGUUUGACUUUCGGUCGUCGCAUCAACGUACGCAAAUCCGCUCGUCCCGCUAAAUUGCGCGCAGCCGCUCGUGCUCGUGUCAACUCCGUUAAAUCGGCCAGAAUUGUAAAGGCUAAGGUUGCAACAAAAGCACGCUCAGCUCGUCUGCAACAAUUGUCACAACAACAACAGUUCUUUGUUCCUCAGCAAUUUGCUGCGCAACAAAAACAACGCCCCAUUUUCUACUACACCGCUGGUCAACUGCAACAUUGGUAAAGUGAGAGGGCUUAUAAGAAAUGUAAAUAGUAUAGAGAAUUGUUAACAAUCGGAUUGUAGAGUUGUUAAAGAUUUUUUUAGACUGAUAAAUAUACCUAAAACCGUUAUUCGA